CUCCUCUCAGCAUGCAACUUUAACGCGCUCAGUUCGCUGCUCCAGCUCACCUGUCACUGAAUCCACUCCUUUUUUUACUUUUAUACUGAAAGGACAACUCAUCAAGAAGGUGCCAAUUAAAACCUUUAUCAUUUAUCGGAUAAUAGAAUCCAUCUCUGCUUUGGCACAGGAGCUCUGAAUCAUUUUAAAGUCUCCAACUCUCAGCUCUCCUCUCGCUCUUUGCCACCGACGCGCAAAAACUUUUCACACCCGAGUGUCACCGAGUUAUAAACUGUGAAGGAGGAGAGAAGCAUCAUGAUGAGCAACAGCUACGGCGAGGAGCAGCUGCCUCCUCAGUACUACCAGGCCACGGACUUUGGGGAGGAGGAGGAGGACGAGAUGCCGGCCACGGAGAAGGACCUGGCCGAGGACGCGCCGUGGAAGAAGAUCCAGCAGAACACCUUCACCAGGUGGUGCAACGAGCACCUGAAGUGCGUCAACAAGACCAUCACCGACCUGCAGAAGGACUUCAGCGACGGGCUGAAGCUCAUCUCACUGCUGGAGGUGCUGAGUCAGAAGAAGAUGUACAGAAAGCAUCACAGCAGGCCCAACUUCCGUCAGAUGAAACUGGAAAAUGUUUCUGUGGCUUUGGAGUUUCUGGACAGGGAGCACAUCAAGCUGGUCUCAAUAGACAGUAAAGCGAUUGUUGAUGGGAAUCUAAAGCUGAUCCUGGGUCUCAUAUGGACGCUCAUCCUGCACUACUCCAUCUCAAUGCCCAUGUGGGACGACGAAGAUGAUGAGGAGACCAAGAAGCUGACCCCCAAGCAGCGCCUGUUGGGCUGGAUUCAAAACAAGGUUCCCCAGCUGCCCAUCAACAACUUCAACCGAGAUUGGCGAGACGGGAAAGCCCUUGGAGCCCUGGUGGACAACUGCGCCCCGGGUCUGUGUCCCGACUGGGCAGAGUGGGACCCAAAUAAGCCCGUGGACAAUGCAAGGGAAGCCAUGCAGCAGGCCGAUGAUUGGCUGGGCGUGCCUCAGGUGAUCGCUCCUGAGGAAAUCGUGGACCCAGAUGUGGACGAGCACUCGGUGAUGACAUACCUGUCUCAGUUUCCUAAGGCCAAACUGAAACCAGGCGCUCCUCUUAGAAACAAACAGCUUUUCCCAGACAAGGUCAAAGCCUACGGACCAGGUAUUGAGCCUCAUGGCAACAAAGUUCUGCAACCCGCUGUGUUCACAGUGGAAACACUGGAGGCUGGCAGUGGAGAGGUCUUGGUGUUUGUUGAGGAUCCUGAAGGACACAAAGAGGAGGCUAAAGUUAAGCCCAACAAGGAUAAAUAUGGAACCUACACAGUCACCUAUCUUCCAAAAGUGGAGGGUGUCCACAAGGUGAAGGUGUUGUUUGCAGGUCAGGACAUCAAGAAGAGCCCCUACUCUGUCAAUGUGGAGAAAGAUAUGGGCGACCCCAAUAAAGUGCACGCCAGGGGCCCCGGUUUGGAUGCUACAGGCAAUGUGGCCAACAAACCCACCUACUUUGACAUCUACACAGCUGGCGCUGGUACUGGCGACAUCAGUGUGGUCAUCGUUGAUCCCCAGGGCAAAAAAGACACCGUGGAGCUGAUUCUGGAAAAUAAGGGCGACAGCGUAUUCCGUUGCACCUAUCGCCCCAUAAUGGAGGGGCCUCACAGCAUCCACGUGCUGUUUGCAGGCCAGGAGAUCCCCAAGAGCCCCUUCAAUGUCAACAUUGCAGAGGCGAUAAAUCCCAAUGCAUGCAGAGCUACUGGCAGAGGGCUCCAGCCUAAAGGCGUAAGGGUGAAGGAGGUGGCAGACUUCAAAGUUUUCACCAAAGGAGCUGGCACCGGUGCUCUGCAUGUCUCUGUCAAAGGACCAACUGGCGUGGAGGAGCAAGUCAAAGUGAGAGAUGCAGGGAAUGGAGUGUACGAGUGUGAAUAUUACCCCAUGAGGCCUGGUAAAUACACAGUGAGCAUCACCUGGGGGGGCCAGCCCAUCUCACGCAGCCCCUUUGAAGUGGAGGUGGGAGAGGAAGCUGGUGUUCAGAAGGUGAGGGCCUGGGGCCCAGGUCUGAAGACUGGCAUGGUGGGAAAAUCCGCUGAUUUUGUGGUCGAGGCUAUCGGCACUGAAGUAGGAACUCUGGGCUUCUCCAUCGAAGGUCCAUCACAAGCUAAAAUCGAGUGUGAUGAUAAGGGCGACGGCUCUUGUGAUGUGCGCUACUGGCCCACUGAGCCAGGUGACUACGCUGUCCACGUCAUCUGUGAUGAUGAAGACAUCAAGGACAGCCCCUUCAUGGCCCACAUCCUCCCUGCUGCUAACGAUGUUUUCCCAGAGAAGGUGAAAGCCUUCGGGCCAGGACUGCAGCCGACCGGGGUCAUUGUAAACAAACCCACCGAAUUCACCAUUGACGCCCGCAUGGCUGGGAAGGGUCAGCUUAAGAUCUACGCACAGGACGCUGAAGGCUGUACCUUCAACAUCAAGAUCACUGACAGGGGAGAUGGCACGUUUCUGUGUGCCUACACUCCCAUCAAACCCAUCAAACACACCAUCAUUAUCACCUGGGGGGAGGUCAAUGUUCCCAACAGCCCCUUCAGGGUGCUGGUUGGAGAGGGCUCUCAUCCUGACAAAGUCAAGGUCUAUGGGCCUGGAGUGGAGAAGACGGGGCUCAAAGCUAACGAGCCAACAUACUUCACUGUCGACUGCGGCGAAGCUGGCCAAGGAGACAUUAGCAUCGGAAUCAAGUGUGCUCCGGGGGUGGUUGGACCUGCAGAGGCUGACAUCGACUUCGACAUCAUCAAGAAUGACAAUGACACCUUCACUGUCAAAUACACCCCUCCUGGUCCGGGCCGGUACACCAUCAUGGUGCUGUUUGCUGACCAGGAAAUUCCUAUCAGUCCAUUCAAAGUCAAAGUGGAUCCCUCCCAUGAUGCCGGCAAAGUGAGAGCGGAGGGUCCUGGACUCAACAAGACAGGUGUCGAAGUGGGCAAUCCAACCCACUUCACAAUUUACACCAAGGGAGCUGGAAAAGCCAAGCCUGAGGUUCAUUUUACAACAUCAACUCCUGGAGAGGCGGUUCGUGACUUCGAGAUCAUCGAUAACCACGAUUACUCCUACACUGUCAAGUACACGGCUCUUCAGCAGGGAAACAUGGCUAUUGCUGUUACUCAUGGAGGAGAUCCCAUCCCAAAAAGUCCCUUUCAAGUCACAGUAUCACCAGCAUUGGAUAUUGGAAAAGUGAAAGUGGAGGGCUUGGACACAAAAGUGGAGGUUGGGAGGGAUCAGGAGUUCACCGUUAACACAAAGGGAGCAGGCGGCCAGGGCAACGUAGGAGUUAAGAUGACGUCUCCCUCCGGCCGGCCAAUCCCAUGCAAACUGGAGUCAGAUAAAGCCAAAGGCACUCACGGUGUGAAGUACAUUCCUCCAGAGGAAGGGCAGUACAAGGUGGAUGUCACCUAUGAUGGAAACCCUGUGAUGGGGAGCCCCUUUGGGGUUGAAGCUGUCAUGCCGGCAGAUCCUUCAAAGGUGCGAGCCUUCGGCCCAGGCCUUAAGGGUGGCAUUGUGGGUAAACCAGCUCCCUUCACCAUUGACACAAAAGGAGCUGGGGCGGGGGGCCUUGGCCUGACAGUUGAGGGUCCCUGCGAGGCCAAAAUCGAGUGCCAGGACAACGGCGAUGGGACAUGCUCAGUGUCAUAUCUUCCCACCGAGGCUGGCGAGUACGCUAUUAACAUCCUGUUUGCUGAGCAGCACAUCCCUGGCUCUCCCUUUAAAGCCGCCAUCUGCCCAGCCUUCGACCCCAGCAAGGUGACAGCUAGCGGGCCAGGCCUGGAGAAGGCCAAGGCGGGUGAACCAGCCACCUUCACAGUGGACUGCACAAGAGCAGGCGAGGGAGAGCUCACCAUCGAGAUUGUGUCUGAAACUGGGAUCAAAGCUGAAGUACACAUCCAGAAAACAUCCGAGGGGACUUUCUCCGUCACGUACAUCCCAUCCUUCCACGGCACGCACACCAUCACUAUCAAGUAUGGCGGGCACGCUAUUCCUUACUUCCCAAAGGUCUUGCAGGUGGAACCCUCUGUGGACACAAGUGGGGUUCACGUUUAUGGGCCUGGAGUGGAGCCAAGAGGGGUCCUGAGGGAAGUCACAACCCACUUCAUUGUGGAUGCACGUGCCCUCAGCAAGGUUGGAGGCAACCGUGUGCAAGUUCAUAUUAUCAACCCCUCCGGCGCCAACACGGACACCUACAUUACUGACAAGGGAGAUGGCACUUACAGAGUGGAGUACACAGCCUUUGAGGACGGUAUGCAUCUGAUUGAGGUACUUUAUGACGCCGCAGCGGUUCCUAAGAGCCCCUUUAGGGUGUUUGUGGUGGAAGGGUGUGAUCCGACCCGUGUGCGCGCAUUUGGACCGGGUCUGGAGGGAGGAAUAACCAACAGGCCGAACUGUUUCACAGUGGAAACGAGGGGUGCAGGCACAGGGGGCCUGGGUCUGACCAUCGAGGGAGCCUCAGAGGCCAAAAUAUCCUGCAAAGACAACAAAGAUGGCAGCUGCAGUGUGGAGUACGUUCCCUUCACUCCUGGAGAUUAUGACGUGAAUAUCAACUACGGAGGCCAGCCGAUCCCUGGCAGCCCGUUCCGUGUACCGGUGAAGGACCCGGUGGAUCCAACCAAGGUGAAAUGUUCUGGACCAGGUCUGGGCGCUGGAGUGAGGGCGCAUGUUCCCCAGACUUUCACAGUAGAUUGUACGCAGGCUGGACAGGCCCCACUGGAUGUCAAACUCUACGGACCAACAGGCAGUGUGGAGCCUGUAGGUGUGAAGAAUAACGGUGACGGCACCCACACAGUGCACUACACCCCAGCGCAGGACGGCCCCUACACUGUAGCUGUUAAAUAUGCAGAUCAGGAAGUCCCACACAGCCCUUUCAAGGUAAUGUCUCAGCCUGGGCACGAUGCCAGCAAGGUCCGCGCCAGUGGGCCUGGUCUAGACACCAAAGGCGUGCCUGCCAGCCUGCCUGUUGAGUUCACGAUUGAUGCUCGGGAUGCUGGAGAAGGAUUGCUCACUGUGCAGAUUCUGGACCCAGAGGGAAAGCCGAAGAACGCAACCAUCCAAGACAACAGGGAUGGAACCUACACUGUUUCCUAUGUGCCUGAUUCUACUGGCCCUUACACAAUCACCAUCAAAUACGGAGGAGAUGAAAUUCCCUAUUCUCCAUAUCGAAUCCAGUCGCUUCCCACAGGGGACGCCAGCAAGUGUCGCCUUACAGUUUCAAUAGGAGGACAUGGAGUUUCGAGUCUCCAGAAGCUGCAGACCUCUGAGGAUACAGUCAUCACAGUGGAUGCCAAGGCAGCCGGAAAGGGCAAGGUGACCUGUAAGGUGCUAACGCCACAGGGGAUGGAGUUGGACAUGGAUGUGGUGGAGAAUCACGACGGUACCUUUGACAUUUACUACACGGCCCCCGAGCCUGGGAAGUAUGUCAUUACCAUCCGCUUCGGCGGGGAGAACAUCCCAAAGAGUCCCUUCCAUGUGGUGGCGUCCAAUGAACCAGUGGUCCCUCGCGACCCUGUGGAUCCCCUUUUUCGUCCGGUUAACUUCCUGGUGCCGUUCAUGCCACAGCAAGGAGAGAUCACAGGUGAGGUGCGGAUGCCCUCUGGGAAGACCGCCCGCCCACACAUUACUGACAACAAGGAUGGCACCAUCACGAUCAAGUACCAGCCCACAGAGAGGGGCCUGCAUGAGAUGGAUAUCAAAUAUGAAGGAAAUCAUAUUCCAGGAAGCCCCCUGCAGUUCUAUGUGGAUGCUGUGAACAGCGGAGUGGUGACUGCUUAUGGUCCAGGUCUGAGCUAUGGAAUGGUCAACAGAGCUGCUACUUUCACUGUGGUCACGAAGAAUGCAGGAGAAGGUGGUCUCUCACUUGCAGUUGAGGGUCCCUCCAAAGCCGAGAUCACGUGUAAGGACAACAAAGAUGGCACCUGCACCGUGUCCUACCUUCCCACUGCUCCAGGAGACUACAACAUCAUCGUGAAGUUUGACAAUAAGCACAUUCCUGGCAGCCCCUUUACUGCUAAGAUCACAGGGGAUGACAGCAUAACCAGAACUUCCCAGCUUAACGUCGGGACUUCAGCCGACGUGUCGCUGAAGAUUGCAGAGACUGAUCUGAGCUCUCUGGCUGCCAGCAUCAGAGCUCCUUCUGGAAACGAGGAACCCUGCCUGCUCAAAAGACUGCCCAACAGACACCUUGGCAUAUCUUUCACCCCGAAGGAGGUUGGCGAACAUGAAGUGAGCGUGAGGAAGAAUGGGAUGCAUGUGGCGAACAGCCCUUUCAAAAUAAUGGUCGGCCAGUCAGAGAUCGGUGAAGCCAGCAGAGUGAAGGCCUUCGGGAAAGGACUGGUCGAGGCGCACACUUUCGAAAUGGCCGAAUUCUUUGUGGACACCAGGAACGCUGGUUACGGCGGUCUGGCGUUGUCAAUUGAGGGUCCAAGCAAAGUGGAUAUAAACUGUGAAGAUGUAGAGGACGGGACGUGCAGAGUGACCUACUGUCCAACGGAACCCGGAAGCUACGUCGUUAACAUCAAGUUUGCUGAAAAGCACAUCCCUGGAAGUCCUUUCUCUGUGAAGGUGACUGGAGAGGGAAGGAUUAAGGAGAGUAUUACCAGGAAGAGACAGGCUUCAUCUAUUGCCUCUGUGGGCAGCACUUGCGGCCUUAACCUCAAGAUCCCAGGAAACUGGUUCCAGAUGGUUUCCGCUCAGGAAAGGCUAACACGGACAUUCACCCGUAGCAGCCACACGUACACUCGCACUGAGCGCACAGAGAUCAGUAAGACCCGCGCAGGGGAGACUAAGAGGGAGGUGCGGGUGGAGGAGAGCACCCAGGUGGGAGGAGGAGGAAGCCCCUUCAGGGAUGUGUUUGGAGACUUUCUGGGCAGAGAGAGCCUCAGCAGCUUUGCUGGCAUCACUGCGAGACCUGAGCCAGCUGAGAGCGGAUCUCAGGCCAUGACAGCUCAGGUAACGAGCCCCAGUGGGAAAACGGUGGACGCAGACAUCGUGGACGGAGGAAGCAGCACAUACAGUGUCCGCUUCAUACCCCAGGAGAUCGGACCUCACACUGUGAACGUUAAGUACAGGGGCCAGCAUGUUCCCGGCAGCCCUUUCCAGUUCACUGUAGGGCCCAUGGGGGAAGGCGGAGCCCACAAGGUCCGUGCAGGAGGUCCAGGUCUUGAAAGAGGCGUGGCUGGAGCACCAUCUGAAUUCAGUAUCUGGACCCGAGAGGCAGGAGCCGGUGGCCUGUCCAUCGCCGUCGAAGGCCCAAGCAAGGCUGAAAUCUCCUUUGAAGAUAGGAAAGACGGCUCCUGCGGCGUUUCAUACAUAGUGAAGGAGCCGGGUGACUAUGAGGUGUCAAUCAAAUUCAACAACGAGCACAUCCCUGACAGCCCGUUCAUCGUUCCAAUCGCUACGCUGUCAGAUGAGGCCCGCAGGCUCACUGUGACAAGCCUGCAGGAGAAAGACUUAAAGGUAAAUCAGGAGGCUUCCUUCAUGGUGCAGCGUAAUGGUGCCCGAGGCGCGGUCGACGCCAAAGUUCACACGCCUUCCGGAUCAUCUGAGGAGUGCUACGUCACUGAUCUCGAUGGCGACAAGAGCUCGAUCCGCUUCAUUCCACGCGAGAACGGCGUCCACUCCAUAGAUGUCAAAUUCAAUGGCUGCCAUAUUCCUGGAAGCCCCUUUAACGUUCGAGUGGGAGAUCCAGGUCUGAUUGCUGAUCCUGGGAUGGUCACUGCGCACGGCGCCGGCCUGCUGGGGGGAACCACAGGGGUGCCCUCUGAGUUCGUGGUCAACACCUGUAACGCCGGCUCAGGCGCUCUGUCCGUCAACAUCGACGGGCCUUCCAAGGUGAAGAUGGACUGUCGGGAGUGUCCAGAAGGCUACAGGAUCACAUACACGCCCAUGGCGCCCGGCAACUAUCUGAUCACCAUCAAAUACGGCGGGCCUCAGCACAUAGUGGGCAGCCCCUUCAAAGCCAAAAUCACAGGAGCGCGUCUGUCAGGGGGACACAGCCUCCACGAGACCUCCUCCGUUUUGGUGGAAACUGUCACAAAGACCGCCAAAGUCGGCGCCGCCUACAGCUCGUCGUCCUCCGCUACUUCAGCAGCACUGAAAUGUGACGCCAGCAAGGUUGUUUGUCGUGGAGCGGGACUGUCUAAAGCUUUGGUCGGGCAGAAAAACAACUUCACUGUUGACUGCAGCAAAGCAGGUACCAACAUGCUGAUGGUGGGUGUGCAUGGACCCCAAGCUCCAUGUGAGGAGGUUUAUGUCAAACACAUGGGAAACAAGAUGUACAACGUCACCUAUACAGUCAAGGAUAAAGGCAGUUAUACCGUCAUUGUCAAAUGGGGAGACGACAAUGUCCCAGGGAGCCCCUACAAAGUGACCGCACCUUAAAAAAACUGCAAUACGCAACAAUUUCUAGACCUGUACUCCUUUCUGAUCAUCUGCAAACAAACUUCUUUAGUUCAGGUUUUCUGACGCAGCACACUUUUCAAAGUGCUCACCAAAAACGAAAUAACUUUGCUUGCAGCUGUACUGAUUGUUGAAAAUCAGUUGUGCCAAUGUUUUUUUUUUUUUAUUGACUUCUGAAAUGAGUGAUACACUCAGACGUAGAUUAGCAGGAAUGGAGCAGUAGAGGGUUUGUGUGAAGCUUGUUGAUUAAAAUCUGCUCCGUCUUUACUGUAUUGAUGUAAACAGGCGACACACUUCAAUAGUUAAGAGAUGCUGAACUUAUUGAUGGUGUUAAAGUUUGUUGUUCUGUGGUUUUGUAUGGUUUAAGAAUGAAAGAUUACAUUUUUUUUGUUAUUAACCUUUUUGGUAAGUCUUUGAAGACCUAAUAAAGAUUUAUUUACUAACUUUCCUGCCAAAAAUGA